UUUCUUGGCUGAAUAUCUGGACGAGUGUAAGCCGUUUGGCCCAAAGGUAGAGGCGAUCUGGCGUGAAGAAGAAGGAAGUUAUUUGUUGUGCAGCGUGACGGAGAGAGGCUCCAAGAUGAGUGGAUUCGAUGGAAACCCGUUUGCCGAUCCCGAAGGAGCGAACCCGUUUUCUGAUCCGUCAGUGACCCAGCACACGUCUGCGGCGCAGAAAGGCUUGGAAGAAUACAAUCCGUUCGCUGACGAUGCUGCUGUGUCAGCGCCACCCGCUCCAUCAGCACCGGAGCCCGCUUCGAGUGCUCCGAUAGUUCCCAAGCCGGCCCCGCCGUCGUCACAUCCGGCCGAGUUGCCGCCGUACGCGCCAGCCAGCCAGCCGGCGCUGAUGGAGCCCGCACAGCAAGUCUACGGCGAGAAGUUUCCCGGCGAAGAAGAACCGAUUGUGACUAAGGAGAAAGAGCCCGAACCCACUCCAUCAAGACCAGUCGCGGCACCAGUCAAGGAUCCAGCUGCUCUGACCCCGGAGCAGGAACUGGAGCUGGCCAGGAGAGAGCCAAACUUCCCACCAUGUCUGAAGAUGAAAGGUUGCCCCGUGAAGCCGUGCUUCUACCACAACAUCAAUCUGGAGAUCCCGCAGGAUCGCAAGAAGUUUGUCCGCCUGCUCUUCUUCUACUGGCAAUUCUACUGCUUCACACUGUUCGUCAAUGUCAUUGCGUGUGCGGCCAUAUUCGGCAUUAGCAGCGAAAGCGGCAACGGUAUAAACUUUGGCUUUGCCAUCCUGUGGUUCUUCCUGUUCAUCCCGUGCUCGUUCUGGUGCUGGUACUGGUGCGGCUACAACGCUUUCAAAUCGGACAGCUCUAUGCGUUUCAUGUUCUUCUUCUUCAUCUUCUUCUUCCAAUUCGUCACUUGUUGUGUGUUUGCCGUGGGCAUCCAGAAAGCAGGGGGAGCCGGUAUGAUUGUGGCACUCAGCGUAAAGGGGACCAUUGGAGGGCUCGUUCUAGGAAUGUUAUCCUUUAUACUUUGGACGGUCGGUGCUGUUGUCGGUGCCUUGCUCUUAAUUCAGAUUCACCGUUUCUAUCGAACAUCGGGAUACUCUGUGGAGAAGAUGCAGGCGGAGGCUGGUACAGCGGUAGCGCAGAACGAGGGAGUACGGAAAGCCGUAGUCGCUGGCGUCAAGGGUUCCAUGAACUAACGGCGACGUACGCAUUGUUGUGGUCUUUUCGUAUCGUUCCAUUGUAUUUUCUUUACGCCACUGGCUGGCUAGCUGUUGCGGGAAAGACGACAGAAGAGCCGUGUUCUGCAAUAUAUAUUUCUGUGUGUGCUUUACCAACUUGUACAAAUUAGCAACAGUGUGCUGCAAGUUUACUACGCUCUCACAUGUGAGACGCUCAGAGUGCGUUCAGUAUAUCAAGUUCUGUGUAUCUGCUGCUGCCAUUUUCUCUGCUCCGCAGUCAGCUGUCCCCUCUGGUGUACUUUCUUGCACAUGUCAGACAAGUUGCUCGCUAAUGACUGCACCGCUGAUCGUUUUUACUGCGCAUUUUCAGCUGUGGAAACAGUAAUUAUUUGUCUACGCUGGUGUACCGCUGCAGACACUAGACGUUAUGCUGUGCUUUCCAACACGGAUACAUGCAGUGCGCCAGGCUGCUACAUGCCCUACCUGGCACGACUACAAUUUUUCACAAAAGAAUAUUGCCGGGAAAUACUUUUUUACUUCUGUCCCCAUCCCCCUCCUCUUUCCGAUCUCGUGAUUGACGUUCCAACCAUGGCAAUUUCUAAAAACUAAAUACUGUUCUUGCAAGUGUUAUUAUAUUACGAGUAAGUUCUAAGGAGUAGUUUGCCAGGUGAGAUGUGGCUUCCGUAUCUUGGAGCGUUCGCUAGCUAAUUCGUUUUGCGUUUUGACCUGGAUCUUUUUUCUCUCUUCAAUUUGUGCUGCUAUGACUUAGCAUGUUGUUGUUUCUUGAUGUCGGGCACACCGAACGAUAAUGUCGAUGCUUUUCUUCUGAAUUCUGACAUCAACCAUAGCGACUGUAAAGAGCUGGAAACCGAAAAAUAAUAACAACUGUGCGA